AUGAUGUCCAAGAGGCUAGUUUCUGCUCUCAGCAACACUGUUAAGGUGUCCCAGAAUGCAGGAAUUGCCACCACUGCCCGCAGUAUGGCUGUUGGUGGAUCAGAGGUCUCAAAGAUUCUUGAGGAACGCAUCCUUGGUCAGGAAGGCGGAAUUAAACUCGAGGAGACCGGAAAAGUGCUUUCCAUCGGAGACGGUAUCGCCCGUGUUUACGGUUUGAAAAACAUCCAAGCAGAGGAAAUGGUUGAGUUCGACUCUGGAAUCAAGGGAAUGGCUCUCAACUUGGAGCCCGACAAUGUUGGAGUUGUCGUGUUCGGUAACGACAAAGUCAUUCGUGAAGGAGACAUUGUAAAGCGAACCGGAGCCAUUGUCGACGUCCCUGUUGGUGAAGCACUUCUUGGACGUGUAGUUGAUGCACUGGGAACUCCCAUCGAUGGAAAGGGACCCAUCAACUGCAAAACUCGCUCACGUGUGGAAGUCAAAGCCCCCGGCAUUAUCCCUCGCUUGUCUGUACGUGAACCUAUGCUUACUGGUGUGAAGGCCGUCGACUCACUUGUGCCAAUCGGUCGUGGACAGCGUGAACUGAUCAUCGGUGAUCGUCAGACUGGAAAGACUGCUAUUGCAAUCGAUACUAUCAUCAACCAAGCUCGAUUCAACAGCGGUACUGACGAGAAGAAGAAGCUGUACUGUAUAUACGUCGCCAUUGGUCAGAAGAGAUCUACCGUUGCUCAGAUUGUCAAGCGUCUCACUGAUUCCGGAGCUAUGAAGUAUACCAUCGUCGUGUCUGCUACCGCUUCUGAUGCCGCUCCACUUCAAUUUUUGGCUCCCUAUUCUGGUUGUGCCAUGGGAGAGUUCUUCCGUGACAACGGCAAGCAUGCACUCAUCAUCUAUGACGAUCUUUCCAAACAGGCUGUCGCUUACCGUCAGAUGUCGCUGCUUCUUCGUCGUCCUCCUGGUCGUGAGGCUUACCCUGGUGAUGUCUUCUACCUCCACUCUCGUCUUCUCGAACGUGCCGCUAAGAUGAAUGAUUCUCUUGGUGGUGGAUCCCUAACUGCUCUCCCUGUAAUCGAAACUCAAGCUGGUGAUGUGUCCGCGUACAUCCCCACAAAUGUGAUUUCUAUUACUGAUGGACAGAUCUUCCUGGAGACUGAGUUGUUCUACAAAGGAGUCCGACCAGCUAUUAACGUCGGUCUCUCUGUGUCUCGUGUAGGUUCUGCAGCGCAGACCAAAGCUAUGAAGCAAGUGGCCGGAUCUAUGAAGCUCGAGCUCGCCCAAUAUCGUGAGGUCGCUGCAUUCGCGCAAUUCGGUUCCGAUCUCGAUGCUGCCACCCAACAGUUGUUGAACCGAGGAGUCCGUCUAACUGAGCUUCUCAAACAAGGGCAGUACGUACCAAUGGCUAUUGAAGAGCAGGUUGCCGUUAUCUACGCUGGAGUUAAAGGACAUCUCGAUAAGGUUGACCCAUCUGUGAUCACUAGAUUUGAGAAGGAGUUCCUUGCUCACAUUCGCUCAACACAACAAGAGUUGCUGAAAACCAUCCACACAGAGGGACAGAUCACACCUGCGACCGAUGCUAAGUUGAAGGAGGUGGUUACGAAUUUCUUGGCCACGUUUAAGGCAUAG